AUGAACGAAAACCAGGAGUACCUCUUCGCGCAGCCCGGCAAGCACAGCAUCGGGGGGCGCUUCACGAGGCAUUGCGGCACGCACAAGCUCCCCACGAACGACGCGCUCGUGCACGGGAGCAGGUGCAUCCUGAUGGUGGAGCAGGGCUUCCUGGGGCUUGCCUCCGACAACGGCCAGCCCGUGCUGCUGCCGCCGGGCAUACGCGUCUGGACGUCCGAUGCAAGGAGCUACAAGAGGGCCACCUGUCUUGACCAGCACAUGGUGUCGCUCGGGCCCUAUACACUGAUCGCCGUGGACGAGGGCUACGCAGCGGUGGCACAGAACAACAGGAAGCGACACGUUUGUCCUGGCGGCGCCACACAUCUGUUAAUCCACAAGCUGUUUGAGAAGUUCUUGAGGUUGAAGAUACAAACAGAGGUUGAGGUUGAAGCAGAUCAAGGCCACCAGUGCAGAUAA